AUGACCCAAAUUCACUUGGCAUCUUGUCUUUUCAAAGUUGUCUCCUGUACCAACGAAAACUGUCACGUUACAUUGCAAAGGAAACAUCUCGAGGAACACGUGACCAUAACGUGCCCGUGGAGAAUCCUUGAAUGUGAUCACUGCAGUGAGCCACACCCAGAGUGUAAGAUGAAGGAUCAUAUUGGAGUGUGCAGGAAGUUCCCAGUAACUUGUACCAACAAUUGUGGAGCUUCAAUUCCCAGGGAAAUGGUAAGACGUUUAACUUUUUAUGGACAUGUAAAGAAGUUCAUCAGUAUUUUCUUGCAGGUUCAACGAAGACAAGUGGAAUCCCAUCUUCAAUUUUCCACGAGGCUCCAUCUUGAUUUAGCUUGUUUGAAAUUAAACAACACUGAAUUAAGAUUAAGUAAUACAGAAGUAGAGUUAAGUCGAAUGCAAGAAACAAAUAAGAAACUGAUGGAGAAAGUCGACAAAGUCGAAAAGAAAAUAUGUGAGGAUGCAGGAAAAACUGAGUCCCCCGAUUUCCCAGUAGUGUUUGUUUGCAAGAUUAACAAUUUUAGUGAAGUUCUGAGACAGGCGAAGGCCGGAGAAAACAUAGCAGUAGCAUAUGGUCCAUUUUUGACUGGCACUUAUGGUUACAAGUUAAAAGUUAAAAUUUAUCCUAAUGGUUGUGGAUCCAGUAGGAAUACUCACCUGUCGGUGUUUAUCGUCGUCAUGAAAGGUGAAUAUGACGCUAUAUUGCCCUGGCCCUUCGAAAAGAAAGUGAAGUUUACACUGAUCGAUCAACAUGAAGAUUCAGUUGAACGGGUAAACGUUAGUCAUUGGUUCCGUUCAAGCAAUGCCCUAAAACACUUUGCAAGGCCAGUGAGUGAAGAGAGCACAGGGCGGGAUUUUUCGACGUUUAUAUUUCACGAGAAACUUUUUUCAAGGUGCUUCGUCGUGGAUGACACUUUGUUUCUUCAGGCUGAAGUCGGCUCGCCAUCCAGUUGAUUUUAAAUGUUUAAGAAAUUAGUUUUACUCUCGCACUCAUUCACAUCGGGCGGAAAACGCUAUGUUAUUGGGGAAGUCAAUCCAUACAAAAAAAAUCUCCAAGGAUUUCGGGGUUGCUAUGUGUACACGUAUAUCUCAUGCGAAAAUUGGACCGCUGGAUGAUUCAGUUACAUUAUUAUGCGUAUCGCUCUGAAAUAGAGUCGCAAUAUUGUAAAAACCUUUUGUACAUUGUAAUAAACCAAAACAUGGUUUUAACGUUGUUAACAAUCCUCGGACUCGUCUUGUUUAUGAUGAAUGCCGUUCUAUUUAAUUUUUUCAGAUUGAGGUCGUCCCUUCAUCCAGUUGACAUUGUCUUUUGAUAACGUUUUUUCACGCUCGCCAUGAUAAGGGUGACGAAAAAGAACGUGGAAUUACAGACAGCAUAUACAUAACAUUUAAAAACAAAAAGAAAAAUGACUUCAUGCACGCUUUAGCGCUGCUGUACUAAUUAAGUCCACUGCGCAUAAAUAAGCAAGUAAUAUUGCAUGCAAAAACGUUAACAUGUUAAGAAGCCUAAGGGAUUGGAGGGUAACCAGUUACCGAGUAGAGGAAUUGAGGGGUUCAGAACCAUAGCGGGCUAAACCACUUUAAUUUAAUUUACAGAAAAAGCACUUUUAAUUUAAGUUUUGAAAAAAAAAAUAUUAAGAAGGUUUUUCUUGUGAAAACAUGUUUAUUUUUAUAGGAAUAUCAUUUACAUCAUGUUAUAAGUUAUCUUUACCAGUAUUAUAGUGUUCACUUUAAGAUUUAGUGAAAACAAUUAAUAACAAUAGCGGACACAGUUCUGUCAAAGCCACUUCAUACAGUUUCUUCUUUACGACAAUAAUGACUUGACUCAGUUGGGAAGCUUUAAAUGUGAGCUCGCACAAACUGAACAUCCUCUUCGGGGGUUUUGUUUUUAGGCUCAUGUCUACCCCUUUGAUCUGUUUGUGGAGAUCCCACACUUUGCAUUUUCGAUAGAGUACGAGAAACCUGCCAUUAAAUACAGCAUAAAUGGCCAAGAAAGCCUUUUUGCAUACUCGAGUAGACAUUCCGUUGUCGUUUAUGUAAUAUUGACGAGAAUAAUUUCU